AUGAAGGGAGAAGCUGGAAGUGUGCUACGCAGUGAGAAGUCAAAGCAGAAGGGACACAUCUGGGGCUCCAUGAGGAGGACAGCUUUCAUCCUAGGCUCUGGCCUUCUCUUGUUAGUGGCCUUAUGGAACUCAGUCACAUGGCAUCUGCAGAGAUUUUGGGGUGCUUCCGGCUUCUUUUGGCAAGGCCAGUGGGAGAGGCUGCUGUCUACAUUUGAAGGGAAGGAGUGGAUCCUUUUCACUAUAGGUGCCACUCAAGUGCCGGCUCUGUUUUUCUGGAGUUUCAAUGGACUUCUACUGGUGGUUGACACAACUGGAAAACCUAACUUCAUCUCUCGCUACCGAAUUCAGAUUGGCAAGAACGAACCGGUGGACCCUGUGAGACUACAGCAGUCCAUCCGCACAGUUCUCUUCAACCAGUACGUGGUCUCUCUCCCCAUAACAGCCUUCCUCUAUCCCUUUCUCAAGUGGUGGGGAGACCCCUGCCGCCGAGAGCUACCCACCUUCCACUGGUUCCUCCUGGAGCUGACCAUCUUCACCCUGAUUGAGGAAGUCAUGUUCUACUACUCACACCGGCUCCUUCACUACCCAGCAUUCUACAAGAAAAUCCACAAGAAACACCACGAGUGGACAGCUCCCAUUGGUGUGAUAGCUCUCUAUGCCCACCCUAUAGAGCAUGUGGCCUCCAACAUGCUGCCAGCAAUGUUAGGUCCCUUAUUAAUGGGCUCCCACUUGUCAUCCAUCACCAUGUGGAUCUCCUUGGUCCUCAUCAUCACCACCAUCUCCCACUGUGGCUACCACCUACCUUUCCUGCCUUCACCUGAAUUCCAUGACUACCACCAUCUUACGUUCACCCAGUGCUAUGGGGUGCUGGGAGUGCUGGACCACCUCCACGGGACUGACACCGUGUUUAAGCAGUCCAAGGCAUAUAAGAGACACGUCCUCCUGCUGGGCUUCACCCCACUCUCUCAGAGCAUCCCCGACUCACCGAAGGAGUGAGGGGGGCCCGAGUGCCGUCCUUGCUGUCUCCUCAGCAGUGGACUGCUGAAGUGGCCUGGGUCCUAAUGAUCACACCUGACAACUUACUUCCUGUAGCCAUGCACUCUAACAAUGGCAUCAUGAGUAUCCCCAGGGCAGGGGCAGUGCCAGCUUCCUGGAAAAGUAGGGCCAAAGAUGAGGCCAGGGCUUCCCUAAACUACUGCCCCUGAUAUUCCUUUAGGAGAUCAGGAAUUCACUUAGGGAAGACGGAAAAACAGUUCGCUAGACUGGAGACCAGCCAGAGGGAGGAAACCACUUCCAGGGCUCCUGGCAUGCCCCAACCCCCACCCUGGACUGCUGCUGUAGAAGGAGAGAAGUUCCACCCUAGACGGCUCCUUGUGGCCUAGAGACAGAGUGACAAUGGUGGGGGGAAAACAGGAUAAUGCUUUGCUACUUCUCAUACCAAAAAGCUUUUCUCAUCCCCUACUCAAGGCCAGGGCACCCCGGCAGAUAGUUUCAGGUAGUCCCAGUUCUUAACAUUCCAGUCCCCAUGGCCCCCAAACACACAGUCAGUGAAGAAGGCUCCACUGCAACUCUGCUCACCACAAACUUCUUCCAUCUCUGAAAAGAAAAAUACCAAUCACAAGAGCUCCUCCCAGGAUUAAAACAAACACAAAAGAGGCGCAGACCAAACCUCAACUUCAGCUCUACAAGGAAAGGAAAGGCUAAGCCCUGAGGGCCCUGCUAAACUGGCGUCCUUUUACAUACAAAGGGGUCAGAGUUGCUGGCCUUUGGGGACACCCAACCCAGGCCUCCUUGUUGGCCUCCCUGAAGCAGGGCCAUAGAGGUUACAGCCCUCCUUCUCCCACAACGAGCCCAGAAGGCAAAAUCCUCACACCCCCUCCCUUGCCCCCCAUCCCCCUCCAGAGGUUAACCAGUUGUCUCACCUGCAUUUGUUGAUUUUUCACAGUGGUACCUUUUUCAAAUGAAAUCUUACCUGGAACCUCAAUAUAUGAAACCACCACAGAGCUACUCUGGCUGAAACAGACCCCAUUCUGAUCUUUGCUCUGAAGCCACUGACACUACUAGGAACCCUGUGGCUCCCAAGAGCAGUUUGAUUUGAAAGAGCACCAACAUCAACCACUAUUUAAGAACUUUUCAUUCCUUUCUGCCAAGAAAACCAUCCACUAUUUUGAAUGUUUCAACUCUGAUAAGGCUAAGUCUCCAGGCAGAACUAUCAAAAAGGAGUUCCUCCUUAAUGGACCUAGGAUCCUGGAGGACCUGCCCAGUUGGCCAGCAUCUCUCCUGGGCCUUCCAAAGCUCUGCCUGCACACCUCUGGCCAUGGUGGACCCAGGCGUCCUCCCCAGGACAGCUGGUGCCCUGAGCUCUUGGUUCUCACAACUGUAGGCCUGCUUAUAUUACUUGUUCCAAUAAAUAAACACUUGGAAAAAAAAGUAAUUCUUUGGUAUAUUUAAGGAGAAGGGCAGGGAAUGAGUAAAGAGUGGAUAAGGAAGAAGGAAAAGUGGAGGACACCUUGACAGGGGCAGUGGAACCUGACCCUAUCAGAUGAUAGCCCUGAGGUGGGUAAACAAGUAAGAGGAAAAGGCUGAGACUUUGAAAUUCCCAGCAGAAAAUGUGAAUGUGAAAAGAGUAACCAUGUAAAAUAGUCUCCUUUUAACACCAGUAGAUAUUGUGGGUUUUUUUUCUCUCCUUAUGACUCAUUCCAAGCUCAAGAAUAUAUGACAUCUGACCAAUCAGUGCCUUCUUUAUGAGCAUUCCUAACAGGUGUGGAAGUGAAGUUGAAUUUACUCAUGUCUUCUGCUCCCAAAGUACCAAUCGAUUUACAGUCAGUCUACAGGAGCCCUGGACACUAUUUCCUUUGGCCUGUGGAUGCCAUUGGUAGUGCUGAAGUACCUGCGCACCUGAAGGACAGUGGAAAAUACUCCCUUGAAAAUCAUUUCUAACGGGAUGUUCAGGUGCUGGCCAUAGGAGACAAACAGUUGUCAGAUGAAUGAGUAAGUAAGGCCAUGCCUCAUUUUAAAGUUUGUAAUUACACAUCCAGGCCAGAAAGUAAACCUGGAUGCGAACAUUCAGAACGUGUUCCUACUGCCAGCACCUGGGCUCCUGGGUGAGAGGAAGCCACCAAGAGGCUCAGGGACCAUCAUGUGGUGGGGGCUCAUUGUCCCACCCCGCCCUAGCUUCCUCUCUCAGGGCUCAGUGCUGACCUGGAUUCCCUAAGACCACAAUAGGAGCGUUCAACUGUUACUCCUUCAUACCCUGCAGGAAAAUCUGUUUAGUUAGGGGCUGUACCAACCCUCAGUGAGGAACUGGAAGCACCCUUUCUCUUCCUGGCUCCUAAUGCAAAGGCAGAUAACUUGAGAGCAGGCAAGUGGACGGAAACCCUGAAAUUCCAUCUUUAGGAUGCUUUGUCUGUCCCUUUUGCAGGGUUGUAGCUCUCGCUUCUCACAAGACACACUGUGAAUGGGAAUUUAAGGCUGGUAGAAGCCCUAACAACCACUAAGGAAGCCACCUGGAUGCACCAGCAGCCUUAACAGCUCUGUAAGGAGCUCCUGGCCUUAGACUCCCAAAAAGCACAAUGGCAGAGCCUCUGCCAAGUGCUUCAUUUUACAUCCAGGGCAGGGUACUUGUCGGCACUCUAAGUCCUCUGGAUCUGGAGAAACCCUUGCUGGGUUUCAUCCUCACACCCAACAGCUGCAACCCAGAUGGGAGACAAGCCAGUAUUUUGCCUUUUCAAGUUUUUAUUUUUAUACAUUUUUUUUGUAUUAAAAAGAAAAGCAUAAUUACCACAAAUUACAAAGGACUAAAGCAGGACUAGAAUAAUGAAUGAAUCACUUCAGCCUGGAAAGCAGAUACUCUCAAUAAUAUUAAUGUUAUAAUACAAGCUCAUUCAAGUAUUUUACAUGUUUUUUCUUUUUCUUUUUUUUUUGUCCUUUUAAAUGUGAUAUUCUAGCACAUGGUAAAGAUAAUGUACUAUGAGCGUAAGGUGGAACCUUCUCUGCAAAGCCAGAUGACAAGUUUUCCUCUCCAGUGAGAAACGGGCUCUAAGUUCUUCUCUGCCUCUGCCAUCAACAUGGGCCAAAAGAGGAGAGCGUGGGGGCUGGGGCAAAGCCAGGGACCCCUGCACACAGAAGAUACUCUGGGUCCUGUUCAGGAGGCGGCCAGAUGAUCCACGCCACUCUACCCAGGCUUUUGGCAAGCUUCCCCCCAACCCUCCCUAAGCCAUCUUCCUUGCCCCUCUUCCCCACUUCCAGGGCCUUCUGAGCAGCUUAAUUUCUUUCUGUCAUAAAAUCAAGGAAAAAGGGAAAAAAGAGCUACAAUGGAACAAAACAAAAACAAAACAACUUUGACAUCGGGGCUCAGCACCACAAUCUGAGCCCCAGGGGUUCAGGCUGAGGCAGGGCUGUGUGGCCCUUCUGUACUGGUAGUGCAUUUGCUCCCAGUUCAGGGGAGGGUGAAAGAGAAAACCUGUCCCUUACGAGGGUGAGACACAUAGACCUUCUGGUGUCUAAUACCGACAAGUCAUGUUGGCAUGGACCAACCUUGGAAAGGUGGAGGAUGAACAAAGGGGUUUGGGGCAAGGUGUUCGCUUUGUGUUUCAGGUCUUGGAUCCCCAAGGGAGGAUGGUGGGUGUGAAGUGGCUAGUCCUGAUGGCCCUGCCACUCCUGGCAUGCUUGUCACAGAUAAAUCGGUCCUAAAUUCAAGUGUCUUCAGAAAGUGAAGAUGUAAACUACUCUUUGCAACAUUAACUCCUAACAUGUUACAAAAACAAAAAGUCCUCCCCCCCUCUAAUCCUCAGCCUAUGCUGAGAUGAAGUCCUCACCUCACCACCCCAAAGGGGCUUCCUCUUUCUGGGGUGUCUGUGGGGAGGAUCAGGAAGAGGAUGGCAGCCCCUGGCCUGGGAAUAAACUCUAGAUAACAGCAGCCUUUUCCCACCUCCAAGGUUUUCUUGUGCUCCCAAACCCAGCAGAGAAUAAGCACUGAGGUUUCUGUGGUGCCGGAUACAGUACAGGGCUGAGUGACCUGAAGGAAAGAAAGAGGGAAUGAGGGGAAGGAGGAGGGAGGUCCAAGAGUCUAAUGUCUGGUACAAUGUGGGAAAGGCCUUCAAUCCUAGCAGAGACGAGACACUCACCUAACAUCCUUGGCUUUCGAGAGCACUGCGUCAGAGAUGAAACAGGCUUCCCACAUACCAACCACUGGAAAGGCAGGUGCCGGCUAAAAGGAAUGAAGUGCCCAAGACAGGGCAAGCCUGGGAUACUGUCCCCUACUCCCAACCUUUGGGCCCAACAAAGGAACCAACUGAGAAAAAGGGCCAAGGAAGUUCCAGCAAUUGAGUGAGCAACAAGACCAUAAACUCCUCUCCUGUUGCCCAGUUCCCACUGGGGGUGAACAGGCAGUCAUGCCCUUACCCAGCACACAUCCCAAAGUCUGUGUGGGUCAGUCCUUUGUCACCCUCCCUAGCUUCUGAUGACAGUAGACUCCAGCCAUUCCACUGUCAUUCACAACCCCAGCAGUUAGUGGCUGGAGAAGAGAAGUCAGGUAUACUCUAUGUCCACAUAUACCUUCCUGCCACAGGGCUUCAGCCACUGGCAGGGUUCCCCCCAGCCCCCAACUCCUCCUCAUCCCUUGUUCCCAAGCAGGGUCAACCGGAGGGUGGGCAGAGAUAGCCUGCAGAGGGGGGAUGCAAGCUGGGAAGACCCCACCAGACCUGAGGGAGGAGAAGUGGCAUCUUUCUCCACCUUUUACAAGGAACAAAGUCUCCUUGAGGUCUCAGAGAACUUCCAGGCCAAUACAAGAAACACUGCCAAGCCUCAGCUACCAGGCGUUCCGUUUUCCCCUCUGGGGUGGAGGAGGCGUUCAAGCUGAGGUCAAGAGUGUUCCAAAUCCAGGCCAACUCUGUUCUCCAACAGUCUGAAGCAAACUUGGCCUUUGGGUUCCAAGGGUAGGAUGAGAAGUGUCACGGCAGGAUGGGGCCUGGCAUGAGACAACAGCAAGCAGAGCGAGGACACGACAGAGGCAGCAGUGUACAGACACAGGACGUCAGCUUCAAACGAUGCAACAGCAGGGAUAUUAUGGGCACAGCUCUGACAGGAGCUGCCCCCAACUCUCUUGCCUCCAGUCAGGAGGCAUGGUACAUGCAACUCAGUCCAGAGAAAGAUUCUAUCCAAUCUAAGCCCAGGCACAUCCAGAGAAGGUGGGAGCUCUUCAGGUUGACUCCAUCGAGGAAAACAGGCAUUUGGAUAUUUCAGAUUCCCACUCCACAAUAAGGCAACUUUUAAAAAAAUAUUAUAUCCAAGAACAAAAAAAAAAAAAAAAAAAA